GAUGCCUCUCCCUUUGAGCGCGUAAAGCGUUGGUUCGACCUCGCCGGUUCGGGCGACUACCAUGGCCACGACUCCCUCCUCGCCAGAAUCAUGACCCUCGAAUCCGUCGUCGUCGAACCCACGCCCUCAAACCCCCACCACGCCGUCGUAACCUUCUCCAUGACGGUCCCCAAGGAACUCUGCAACAUCAUCGGGAGCCUGCACGGCGGGGCCGUCGCACUGAUCUUCGACGUCUGCACUUCCACCGCCAUCAGUGCGCUUUCGCGUGAGGGGUUCUGGGAUACGGGGCAUGUGAGUCGG